AUGCAAUCUGCACAACUUCAAAGAGAACCACCACCGCAACUGCAACUGCAACUGCAACUGCAACCACCACCGCAACCGCAACCACCACCGCAACUUCAACUGCAAUUUCACCACCAGAGAAGGGAAUCUUAUACAUACGAAUUAAACUCACCACCAGCUUCUUUGCAAGAUGAUGCGUCACUCAAGCAACGUGAGGCGCUAGCUAGCAACAAGAAAGGGGACUUAUUUGUACGUCGUUUAUCGGAAGAGGAAUACAACAACUUGCCGCUUUCCAUCAAGUUCAUCCAUAAACCUUCUAGGUCAGAGAAUUUAUUUGAGCAAGCGAAUGAUCCCACAAAGGCAAACAGUCUUUUCAAUAAAAGUAUCAAAUCAAACACAUUUAUUGCAUCUACACCUGCAUCCAAAUCUGUAUCUUCUGAAUCUGAAUCUACCACAACCCAAGCAAAUCCAUCUCAGUCAACCAAAGCAAGUAAAGCAGAUUCAACAGCCACCGGUAUAACCCCUACUGACUAUUUCAAUCACAAAUCUCUGGUAAUCAACAAUAACAAUAACAAUAAUAACGGUGAUGCUAAUGAUGAACCACAGUCGCCACUGCUCCGUUUAAACACCACACUUUCUCCCUCACUAUCGCCUUCACUAUCGCCUUCUAUUUCACCCACAUCUUCACCGUCGCUUUCCGUUUCGCCUUCUUCUCUCUCGCCCAAACUACCACCAGAAUUGUCGGCAAUAAACAUGGGGUAUCAUUUGGUACGAAAGAAAUCUGGUGAAUUGGUAAAGUCUUCGUUGAAAAGUCCUUCAGUGUCGUACUUUUCUGCGAGACCAAAGUCAUUACCUUCCACGCCCACAUACAAACAGGUCCACUUUGGCGGCUCAAAUGAUAUCAAGUAUUUCAAGAAAAGAGAUACUCCAUCAGCAAUUUCGGCAACAAAUUCGCCAUUGUUCAAUCCAAAUUCGACUGACGACGAUUGCGAGUAUGAUGAUGAAGAAGGGGACCACCAAGACGAAGAGGACGAUGGAAGAAGGGGAAUGAAUUACCAAGGCUUAGGGUUCCGUAAUUCACUCAUGCAUAAUAAUUUUAUCGACAAUCUUCAUAACUUUAGUUUGGGUGAUACAAAAUAUCCCAAACUGGCAUCAUCAUCAUCACCAUCAUCAUCAUCAUCAUCAUCGCAAGUUAAUUGGGAAUUGAGGCUAUCCAAUUUCCCACCUUUGUCAUAUAUGCGAAAAAUUGAGAUGAAAACACCUGUGUUUUUGGAAACAUUGUUUAUCUCGGCAGAUAAAAAAUACUUAAUGGGCCAUAUUGCUGUUAGGAACAUUGCAUUUGAAAAGUAUCUUACCGUUCGAUAUUCGGUUGAUAACUGGAUGACUAUAAUCGAAAUACCAACUACCUAUACAGAAAAUAGUAUUGAUGUUUUGAAACAAAACAAUUAUGAUCGGUUUGUUUUCAAAAUUCCUUUAAACAACUUGUUUAACAGUUUCAAGUACUCCAAAAAUGGCUCGUCUACAUCUGAUUUGGAAGAUGAGAGUGAAGAUGAGUUUAAAAAGGAGAGAAAGUACCAGUUGUGUAUCAAGUUUUGCACCCAGGGCCAAGAAUAUUGGGAUAAUAAUGCAUCCAGAAAUUAUGAUAUUACAUUGAUCAAAACAAUAUCUCGACCUCCGUCUCAACGUCAGCAACCUCAAAAAGAAUUUAAAGCUCCAAAAGUACUUGAUUCAAAAUCUAUUCAAGAUCAUGCCAAAAAACCAAAAUACUCAUCAUCUUAUCUUAAACGAGUUAUGUCAGAUUCCGAAAUCGAAUUAAACUCUCCAUUACCUAAGCAAAAGGGUGUUAAAAGUAGCGGCGGUAGUGGUGAUGGCACCGACUCUGGCCAAUGGAGCGCUUUUAAUAAUACGUUGCAACGUUCAGAUACAAGUGAUUUUGUUAAAAACAAUUUUUAUUUGACAUCACCGUUAUUAUCUUCAAUCUACAAUACCAAAACACUGGAUGGGAAGUAUGUGGAUGUAGAGGAAUAUUUGAAAAAUCCAAAUGAUGCACAGAUCCAGUCCAGCUUUAGUUGUGACGGCAACGAGAGUCAAUCACUAAUACAAAAACGUCAAUCACCAUCUCCACCAAAAUAUAGAUCUAAAUUUAUUGAUCAAUUGAACAGUUCUGCAGGUUCGACAAGUAAGGUUGAUCUUUAUCGUGUUGUGUCCCCACAAUCAAAUGCAUUGGGUUCAUCGGAUUCAUCUGAGCCAAAGACUACCGAUGACAGUGGUGGCAGUUCGGCGGCGCCAAGGUCGAUAGAGAGGAACAAUUUAUUGAAUACCAAGUCAUAUAAAGAGUUGCUUGAUAAUUAUUGUUUUUUCAGUUCGGGAAAUUCCCACGAUGAUAAGGAAUACGUAUUACCGCAAGGAAGUAGCGAUAAUGGGGAUACAAAUAGAGUUUCUACAAUGCAACAGGAUGGAUCUGAAGAGAAAAGUUCUAACGAAAAAUUCACGUUCAAUGUUUCCACAUUCUUGGGUACGUGA